UCCGACAGGCAUCCACGGGGACGCUUUAUCACAGUGGGGACAGUUUUUCACGGCUUGUUUCUGAUAUUUUCUGAGGAGAAAAACCCUGGACCGCUUUUCACACCAUGAAGGAAAGGAGAAACGCGCAGCCGCUGGUGGUGAGAUGUAAACUGGUUCUUGUGGGAGAUGUUCAAUGCGGAAAAACGGCGAUGUUGCAAGUCCUGGCGAAGGAUUGUUACCCAGAGACCUACGUGCCCACGGUGUUUGAAAACUACACAGCCUGUCUGGAGCUGGAGGAGCAGCGGGUGGAGCUCAGUCUGUGGGACACCUCAGGUUCUCCAUACUAUGAUAAUGUGAGACCCUUGUGCUACAGUGACUCAGACGCAGUCUUGCUGUGUUUUGACAUCAGCCGCCCCGACACUGUGGACAGCAGUCUUAAAAAGUGGAAGACUGAGAUCCUGGACUUCUGCCCGAGCACACGUAUCCUGCUCAUUGGCUGCAAGACUGACCUGCGCACAGAUGUCUGCACACUGAUGGAGCUGUCCAAUCAGAAACAGACUCCAAUGACCUACGAGCAGGGCUCUGCUAUGGCCAAGCAGCUGGGUGCAGAGGCUUAUCUCGAGUGCUCAGCAUUCACCUCAGAGAAAAGCAUCCACAGUGUAUUCCGCACAGCAGCGAUGGCCUGCAUCAACAAGCUGCAACCACUCCCAAAGCCCAGCCCCACCCGCCGCCUCUCCAAAAGACUUCUGCACCUGCCUAGCAAGUCGGAUUUGCUCUCCUCCAAUUUCAAGAAGGAGAAGGCCAAGAGCUGCUCAGUCAUGUGAGUGGAGACCUCUUGGGUCACAGUCCUUAUAUGCGACUCCCGGCCCCAGCCUCGUUGGUCUUGGGGAAGGGGGGUGGGCACGAUGGUUUUAUCAGGGUUUUUCCUGCUGAAUCCUUCCCUCACCCCCCCAGGAAACCAAACACUCCUCAGAAGAGGUGGACACUUCGCUGUCCACUUGCUCCUGAACCUCUUAGCGCACAUCCAUCUUUCUUUUCCACCGUUUAUUUUGCUUUUGAACAAAACAGUAAUCAGUCAAGGUUUGAUCAUCCAGCUAUCAUUUUGUUUCAACUGUAAACAGUAUGCAAAUACAACGGUGUUACAUCUGUCUGAUUUUACUAUCUAUAGGCACAUGUUGAUUUUGUCCAAUAUGGAAAUGUGCAACGUGUGACGUUUUAUCUUGUGAUGUAAAUGCAGCUGAGACAACUCAAUGGAUAUUUUUCUAAGUACGUAAAUAAAUCUAGCAUGAAACCAUCAGGAACAAGCAAAAUCCUGUACAUCCCUCUCAGUAUGGUGUGUGAGAUCUGAAAUAGCGUGUCACGGGUUUCCCUUUUCGAUGAAAGUACAGACAUGUACUGGGACAAACCAUAGAGAGAGCUAUUACAGAAGGCUGUUGUUGAGCGCAGGGAUAAGAGCCGUAAACGCAGACAAUAGUCUAGACUGCAUCAACCUGGAUGAAUUGUUGAUGUACGGUUGUGUCGCUCUGGACGGCACAGCUCUACAGGCUCUUCGGAGAACUGAGUGGAGGACUCUGAAGAUUAUCUGUGUAUGCAAAUUAACUGCAGACAUGUAGACACAACUUAGAAACAGACGUUUAACCAGGUUGUUGAUGGCUCAGCUGUUGCUAUUACUAGUACCAAAACACACACAUUUUAAUAGAAGGUAAAAAAAAAGAGGUGUUUUUGUUGCGACCAGCAGCAUGAACACAAAUGAUUCAAGCCGUCUCGCUGUAGUGGAGCAUUAUUUACAAAGCUGUGCCUGGUUACUGAGAUCACCUGAAAUGUUCGAAGGCAUAUUCAAAAAUGUGAAAUUGCUUCCGAGAGACCAGUGAUGUGAAAAAUCUGAUAUGCAUUUUCAAAUAGUCUUUGGAAAAUAUUUGUAGCAUUGCAUUGUUGGCGGUUUUUUCGGCAGUUGUCAAAUCAUAUGCAAUCUUGAAAAAUGCCUUUCGUAUAAUUUUUCCCAGAGGUCGCUGAGAUUUGUUUUGAAAACUGAAUACUUGCAUUUACCCAAUGUAGCACUCCCGAUGUGACCAUAUUCUUCCGAGAUGAUUCGUUUUUGUUUUGCACACACGUUUCAGUCUAUUGACCUCUGAAAAGCAGCACUUACUGUAGGUUACAAUGACUAUGGAGCGUAGGGCAUCGGAUGCUUUUACUGAGCUUAAGUCUUUGAUUUCAUGGUCAUGUGUGUGUGCAGAAUAGAUUUCUGCAAUUCUGACCAUAAAGCAAUCAUGAUUUAGGUGCUUGUGAUGCAAGGUGACCUGUGUGGCAAUAAAGAUGCAGCUUUGCGAUUACUUUGAUGCCUCAGUGCUCCGUGGACCGACAUGUUAGACUGAAACCAUCUUUGGUGUACAAAUAGGUUGCUGAUCCUCUAUAGGUACAUACUAAUUUGGAGAAUUGUCAGUAACAACAUUGUAUUUUGAAACAUAUUAGAGUAUGGUUAUAAGAAAUAUGCUUCUUUAGGUUGAAAAAUGCUAGCCUUCUCUGCUGAUUCUAUAUUAUCUUAAUAAGAAAUAUUGAGACAGAGAGAUUAAUUUGAGUUGUUUGAGUGAGUUGACAACAACAAGCUUUUAAAAUUGGGAAUACCCUUAAAAAGUCAAACAAUUAUUAAUUAAGGGCUAAAGUGUAGGGAAACAAAAGGAUGCAGGACUGAGAAGAGCAAGUAAUCAAACUGCACAGGCUGGCCCUGUCCAAAGAAAGCUAUUUUUCCAUUCUUCUUUUGUGUGUGUUAAUUUUUGUGUAUUUAAUAGCAUGAUGUGAGAGGGCAUGUUAUGGUGGAGAUAUCCUCCCGACAUGGUUAUUGUGUCUUAACGCAGCUGUGGACUGCCCCCGCUAGUUGGAGGAACUUAAAGUGGUGUAUUUGCACAAAGGCUUCCAGUUCAUGGUAACACACCAAAAUUCCUCGGCAUUGCCUAGCAACAGAGCAGAAAACAGGCUCCAGCUCUUGGGUUUGUCGUGUGGAUAGAUAGGUUUAUCUCACAAGCAGACAUCUCUACAUUCAUUACAUUGACACAUUUAUUUCCAAGCUUGUUAAAACAUUAAUUUUAUUUUUAUUUUCUUCUAAUUUUAUUUUUCGGGGGGGGGGG